UGAAAAAUCCUAGCACAUGCCGAUCAAGGAAUCGGAAAAAUAAGUUUUUUUUGUUUGCGUUGGAAAUUUUGAAUUGGUUUCUUAAAUUCAAAUGCCUGCGUAAAGCCAUUUUAAAGAACUUUGCUCUCGAUUUACCAACCCAGUGUGGAUGAUUUUUAGGACUAUAACGUUGAAUUACCGCCUGGUUGACAGCCAACUGCAGAGAAGCGAGGAGUCACAUUUUCAACUUGACAACACACCGACGGUUCGGCACACGCAGCCCCACAUAAAUCUCGAAGACCAACACCCAGUGGCGUUUUUAACCAUAAUGCCAGGAGUAAAUGCAGGAUAACUUUUGUAAUAAUAUGCCAUUGAGUGAACUGGAGGAUGGAGUGCUUGAAGCCUUGGAAUCAGAAAAAUCUGUAGUGAAUCGCUUUGAUGGAUUGCCAUCCUUUUUGUUGGAGAAAAUUGUCAAGAUUAUUACGGAGAAAUUAAUCGAAAAACCACCGUGUCGAUUUGUAAUCAGCCCAUUCCUUAGUGAGCUUCUCACAACUUCUAAUCUACGCACUUUGGAUCUCGCACUGAUGAAAAGAGACAUUCAUUCGUGGACUCUGGAAUCACGUAUUCUUAAUACUGCCACAGUUCGAAGCUCUCAUCUGGAAACGUUGCGGGUUAAUUCCUUUCAUUGCCAUUACCAUGAGCAUUUGAAUUUCAUUUCUAAAUUUUCAAAACUGAAAGUAUUGGAAAUUUCAUAUUCGGAAGCAGGUAACGAUUGCUUCCAGAUUCUUGGAACACACUGCAUAGAGUUAAGGGAGCUACAUGCCAAAUUCAGUAAGGUUUCUGAUGAUGGAAUUCGAGAACUAUGCGUAACAGGAAACUGCAAGUCCAUCUGCGUUUUGGACCUUACCGGAUGCCAAUGUACAACAAAAGCACUACAAAUGGCUCUUGACAAUUUGCCUGUAUUAAAAGUUCUUUGCCACGAAUCUCUUCUUGAAGGGUUGGCUGAAAUUGCCCAAAAUGCGUUGGACCGAAAGCUGAAAUUACCGAAAUAUUCUUUAUCAACGCUACAUGUCCUUGUGAAAACAGCCUACAAAAGUGGAAGUCUAAGAAAAUCUUUACUUUUAUGCCCUAAUGUUACUAAAGUUUUCCUUUCAAUGAGAACUGAAGGGCUGAAAGACGUGGAUCUCCUAAGUCUACUCUCUUUAGAAAAGCUCUGCGUAUUUGUAAUCAGAAAUUUCGUAAAAAAAAGAGAAGGCAAUGAGUUAUUUUUUUAUAAGGACCUGACGUUUGAUGGAGGCAUUGUUCCUCUUCUGCAGAAAUUUGGAAGUUCCCUAGAGACGCUGUGCAUCGAAGGAUUCUUCCUUGAAGUCGAUAUCAUGGUCGUCAUAGAAAAUUGUCCCAAUCUUCAAACUCUAUGCCUUUUGAGUGAUAGUUAUAAGAUGGUCAGUACUACCGACGAAGGACGAAAUUGUUUCAGAAGAGAUCAGCCCAUAUUAAAGAAACUUGAGGUUCUGUGUUUAACCUCAGAGAACUAUUGGAUUGCUCCUCAAAAUCUAUUGACUUUAUUUUCCUCCCCCUUACUUAUUUAUAUCCACAUUAAAAGAUGUGACACCCUCACAGACGAUAUCCUACAUCGAGUGGCAAAACUUCAUUCUUUCUGCAAUCUGGAGACCUUAGUAUUUCAUCGCUGUAGUUCGAUCACCAAAAGAGGGGUUGAUGUUUUUAUGAAAGAAACUAAUCCCCUCAGAAAAAUUUAUAUUGGGGGCUGUGAGAAGAUUACGCUGGAAAAUUUUAACGACUGGGAAAAGACAGCUAUUUGGAUAAAAAAGAACUGGCACAUUAACUUUUAUGUAAGCGAUUAUUGAAAUGUAAAAAUGGGUCGUUGGUUACGUGCAAAGUUGCGAACAAAAUGCCAUAAAUGAACUAAUAAAUUUGAAAAUCAUUA